UGCAAGAUGGCGGCAACCCACAGCAAACAUGGCUUGAGUGCGUCCUCCACUCGACCAAAAGCAAGGAGUAGCAGGCUUAUGUCUGCUUUUGAGUUUGACACAUAUGGGUUUGAGCGGCCAGAUGACUUUGAUUAUAAGACGUAUCAAGACUUUAUGAGCAGUUACCUGCGGGUACUGGCUCGAAGGGCUGCGAAAUGGGACGUCAUGGUCAAAAACAAGGAAAGAGUCAAGAAAUCUGUCAAAGUGAAACGUUACGUCCGGAAAGGCAUUCCCAAUGAACACCGGCCUAUGGUAUGGAUGUGUGUGAGCGGAGCACAGGAGAGGAUGGAGGCCAACCCAGAUCUAUUCCAGAAAUUAUUAUCAGGACCAAAGGACCAACAGCUGAUGGAAACAAUACAAAUGGAUUUAUAUCGUACAUUCCCAGAAAACAUAUUUUUCAAAGAUCUAAAGGAUCCGAAGAGUCUCCGUGGUCAUCUUCAAAACGUCCUGGUGGCGUUUGGUCAUCAUAAUAAAUCUAUAGGAUAUUGUCAGGGUCUGAACUUCAUUGCUGCUUUGAUGUUGUUAGUCGUGCGAGAUGACCACAAGGUGUUCUGGCUGCUGGAUACAAUAGUCACAAACAUACUGCCAGAUUAUUACGCCAGAGAUAUGGUGGGGUUGAAAACCGACCAAGAAGUGCUUGGUGAACUCAUAAAACUCAAAGUGCCAAAUGUCCAUGCCAAAAUCACGGGUGAAGGAAUUCACUGGUCUCUUAUUUGUACGAAGUGGUUUAUCUGCCUGUUUGCUGAUGUCUUGCCAGUAGAGUCUGUUUUACGGAUAUGGGACAGUCUCCUGUUCGAAGGAUCCAAGGUGCUCUUCCGCAUAAGCCUUACACUCGUAAAACUCCACGAGGAAAAACUCCUCAAGUGCAAGAAUUUCCCGGAAAUCACAGAAAUCUUCAAGGGUAUGACGCAGGAUAAGAUCGCCUUCAACUGCCAUGAUUUGAUGCAGAAUAGCUUCAUCUUACCAGGGUCACUACCACAGUCUCUCAUCAACAAAUUACGUGAAAAGCAUCGAAGGGUCAUCGAAGAGGAGUAGCGUCACCUAUACUGGAUGUCAUCGAAUCAUUGUCGUAAAUCUAGUCAACAAGAUUUAGCAUUGUCUUGUUCCAGUCGCUGAUAAUAGAGGGAGCUUCAUAGAAAAUACGAUAUUUUGGGUAGAGACAGUGAAAAUACUGUUCAUUGUCUUGUCAUAAAAAGUGGCUUAACCUAAAUUAAAAAAAUUUCUGUUCUGCUUCAAUCAAAACUAAGUUUACAGCAUGCAUUAGCACAAUCAUUGUGUGUAAUAGAAUUUAUGAACUUGGUCCAUGUAGUUCUUGACAAAUUUAUCAUACAUACCCAUGCAUAAUUUAUCAAAAAUUUAAAAGGCCUACUCUGUUCUUUGAAAAUGUACACGAAUUGAGUAGGGUUUUAAAACUUGAUACAAUUAUGGAGCUGGAGGUACUGGUAUGUUAACCCUUGCUGCUUUUCUUAUAUCUUACAGACAGGGAUAGAGAGUACUGGUGUAACAUUUUUGAGUGUUUCCAUUUUUGAGUGUUUCCAUUUCUCAGUGUUUCCCUUUCUCAGUGUUUCCCUUCAUUAUUUGGGAACGCUUAAAGACAGAUUGACACGUUUUUCUCCUAUUCCCCCUUUGAAAUGUCAUGGUCGCUCUAGCUGUCUUGUCAAUUGUAUGGAAACACUGAAACAUGAGGACAACCAAAAACGUUACACCGGAACUGUCAAAUUUUUAAAAAACUUAUCAAUUUUUAGUACUAUUCAUAUCAGAGUGCAAUUGUUUUGCAACAAAGCUGGUAAAUAAUAGCUUAAAUAGCUGCUGAAUUCUUGGCCUUCGGUUUGACGUCGUCAUACAGAACUUAGCUGUAGUUCCAUGUUGUGAACUAGAGUCUGGCAUAUUGGGUUUUAUUGCUGUAUUUUCCUUGGGUGUGGGCAAGUAGGGCUUUCUACAGAGGUGCCAAAUGAUAAUAAUGUGCUUUGGACUUAGCAACUGCCUGGAGUGUGGUCAUUUUACUUUUGGAGACAUUAUAGUUGGGCGCGGUUGUGGAUUUUGUGAAUGACGGCCUGUUUAAUUGAAAAUAUGAUGCUUAAAAUAGCGAGUAGAUGUUUGACUUUGGAUUUUUGAGAAUUGGACUAUAAAUCCAUUGAAUGGUACUGUGUGUUUCGGCUUUUGUGGGAUUUAAUUUGUAGAUCCAGAUUGAGAACAUGUCGAGAAAAAAUGUGGUUAAAUAAUUUUCUGAUCGGAAAGUCCACCUUUUGUAGAAAUCAAUAAUAAUACUAAAAUCUCAAAUAUGUGUGUCCAGUUUUGCACAGUUUCUUAGAAAUCGUGGUAAUUUUUCUUAUCGUCUGUGUUUUUGAGAGAGGCCUGUGAUAGGAAGUUUUCUUGUUGGUGCUCAAAGGGAGAACAUGAACUGUAUGCCGCAAAAUGUUUCGGCCCAUUAAUUUUUGCGAUUUUGGAAAAUAUCUGAAAAAAUGGAAGUUUUCAUGAUUUUCGUAUUGGAAGAUAAAUGGAAAUAUAGCAUACUUUUUGGAUCACUGUCUUAUGCUAACUCUAACAAAUAAUGAAGUUUUAUCACAUUGAUUUAAGUACAUUUUGUGCAUUUUAUUGGCAUUUGAAAAUCUAACAUGUGAUCUCUCUUCUGGUCAAAAUCAGCUGAAAGUCUUACAGUGUGUUCUGUUCUUUUAUGUUCACUCCAAUUUUAUCGCUAGGUGGAAUCAGAUAAUGACCAUGCGUAUUUUUUUCUUCUACUUUUACCAAAACAGUUAUCCCAUUCUUUUGGUGUUGCACAACUUUUAAAGGACGACAAGUAAUUUUUAAAGGGUGUUUUCAUUCAAGGGAAAGUAUGGAUUGGGGUUUGUAGGGGCGAGCAUAAUAUCGGAUUGGACAAUAAUCAUAUUAAAUGAAGAAGAAAAUGUAACAUCUUGAUGAAUGAAGUAUUUUGCUGGUUUUUUUGUGGCCUUUUACUUAAUAUCUCAUACCCUAGAGAUAAGCCAGGACUUGUCUCCAUGAUGCAGAUUGAUGGUCAUCAAGCUGAGUAGUACCUCUUUAGGCAGGGAUCCCUGAGGUUGGAAAGGGAGGGGGGGUUAUAAAGUGAAAAAAAGUCAAUAUUGUUUCCAAAAGAGGGGUAGUAGAGGUACCCCUGUGCCCCCUCUGCAUCUGUGCCUUCAUUUUAUAUCAGUUCAAUCAAGAAUUAUGAAAGACUGGUCUUUAUUAAUUCUUCAUUAAAUUCGUCAUUUGACACAGAUAUUUUAAUAUUGUAUGAUUUGUAUGACAAUCCUAUUUUGUUUUUUAUUUGGAAACCCAUAUCACACUAUACAUAUUACUGUUGAACAUCUCUUAAAGGGAGCCUAUAGGCAGCAGCUUGGCAGGCCAGAUUAUGUUUCACAUUGUUGCUACUAGGUGCCACUUCUAUCUCACAGUACAAUGGAACAAUGCACAUUGUACAAGGAAUGAUUUAACCACUAAGUCAUACCAGACCCAGUUCUUUGACUGCAUUCUAGAGACCUGGACUCAAGAAAUGUGACACCUGAGCUCCUGUCUAUAGCCCCCUUUUAAAUGAGAAGUCCCUUAAGGGCCAGUUAAAGAAGAGUUGUUUGGGAACUAAAUGGAAUGAAAGUCUGGUAGAUAUGGAUGGAUGGUUGUUUGUUGAAAAUUCUUUUGAAAUUUCGGUUUGAAAUGCAAGGCCAACGAAACAUUUUCAAAACCUUAUGAUGCAAAAAUAAAGUCGCCAUUCCUAUGCUAUUUGAAGCUAAAAUGACUUUAUCUUUAUCUUUAUAAUAUAAAAGGGUUUAAAGUAUGUCUCCCAGGAGCUGAGAGAGUCUCAUCUGUACAUUUGUACACCAGCAUCCUAUCUCUAUGUAUCAGGUAACAUUCUUUUACUUAUUCCCUUACCCAAUUUAGCACUUUGUCUUUUUGGCAUCAUAUAGGUUUUAAAUGGUCUAAGAGGACUUUUAUUGUAACAAGGAGAGGUUGAUAUUUUGUGGACCAUCACUUUUAGUUCUUUAUUUUCAUGAAUAUUGGUAAUGAGUAUAUUCCUAGUUCACUUGUUUUAUGGCACAAUAUCAAUUGUAGAAA